GUCACCCUGGCGCUUUCCGGGCACCCGGUGUCUUCGUCGUACCAAUCGGUCAGCCCUGUGGUCGGCUUGCAUCAAGAUUCUCCGGAUAUUCUGCCGGAGCUCAAUGGUGCCGACUUGGCCAUGUCCUUGAGUCCUAAACAGCAGAAUUCGCAUACUACGCCGUUCUCCGUAUCGGAUAUACUAAGCCCUAUCGAAGAAUCAUAUAGGAAAUUAGAACUUUGCGGGCCCGCUUCGCCUUAUAGAAGUAGCACCGGUGGUAGUAGUGUAGGUGGUAGCAGUACAAACGGUGCGCCGACUUCCGUCAGUCCAGCAUCCAUGGCCAAUCCGUAUAUGCACGUGGCCGCCCAAUUCCCGCCGCAGUAUUGCAACGGGCCGCCGGAUUUGUCUUACGGCAACAGCGCUGCCGGAUGGUAUAGCGCCUCUCCGGCCAAUGAUCCUAGAUUCGCCAUUUCAAGACUGAUGAGCGGAUCGCCAGCGUCGACUGGUAUGAAUAUGAGCAACAUGACGAUGUCUGCUGCUUUGACGUCUUGCGGCGCUGACACCAAACCAAUGCAGUUUCCUUUAGCCCAAAGACGAAAACGAAGAGUGCUAUUUACUCAAGCUCAGGUAUACGAAUUAGAGAGGAGAUUCAAGCAGCAAAAAUACCUGUCAGCACCGGAACGAGAACAUCUCGCUAGUUUAAUCCACCUGACACCUACGCAGGUUAAAAUAUGGUUUCAAAAUCAUCGAUAUAAAUGUAAACGACAAGCAAAAGAAAAAGCAAUGGCUGAACAAAAUGCUCAAAAUCAGUCGCAAAGUUCACCACGCCGGGUAGCUGUACCAGUACUGGUCAAAGACGGUAAACCAUGUUCAAAUUCGUCCGAUUCUCAAAACCGAAGUCAAAGUCAACAAUCCUUAUCAAACCACUGCAACGCGCACAGUCCGAAUUUAAACCAAAUUAACGUCGCGCAUCAGCAACAAAGCCAGCAUCAGCAACUGCAACAACACCAACAACCCACGUGCAAUAGUACCAGCGCCUUGUUAUCAAAUAUGACUUAUCAGAGACCGAAUCUGCAGCAUCACCAUCACCAUCAACAGCAAUCUACCAAUAUGUGUUCCUCUUAUUUACCUCUGCAGGGCAGAGCCUGGUAGUGUAUACUUUUACUAUCCUCUUUGUCUUUAUUAUAGAUAAUAAGUAUACUCUUAUAAAUUAUGAUUUUUCCUCCUUUCUCUCUCUCUCUCUUUCUUUUUAUCUAUUUUUUUUUUGUUUCUUUCAAAAACAUGCAAAAUGCGCGCCAGGUCGUUUUAUAAAAUAUAAUUUUUUUUCUCCAGUGGUGACCUUUUGUGCGAAAAUUUUUAGCAAUAAUCUUGCUCGAUACCAUCGUUGUUAUGUAAUAAUUUGUUAUCUUGUGAUUAUAUUUAUUGUAUACAUAGUUAGGCUGUUUUAUUAGAAAUGUUUUCCUUCGAUUUUUUUGACUUAUUUUUUUCCUUUCUCUUUUCCUUUCCUUUUUUUUUUUUUUUGUGGUCAUUUGUAUAAAAAAGAAAACUCGGUCGAUAUAAUUUUUUCUAAUACGCCGACUUCGUUAUGUAAUAAUCGAUCGAUUGUUUUAUACAUUAUGAAGUGAAGUAAUGGAUACCAAAAAUUCACCAAUUGUUUUUCCCCAUUUAUUUUCGGACAUCAAUUAUUUUAUUUUCCACUUUAUAACGAUGUACUACAUACUAACAACACCGCGAAAUUAAUAUUAAAUGCGCCGGCUGAUAAUCGAUUAACCUUCGUUAUUUCAUAUCCCUCUUCUUUACUCGUCGUCAUUAAUUUCAAUUUGUAAUUGAAAAAAAAAGGAUGUUUGUAGGUAUAUAAUUUCUCUUUUCGUAUUAACAGGGUGUGUUUGUGUAGGUGUCGUGAAUUUUUUACUUUUUAAUUCGAGCUGAUCUGUUUUUCCUUUUUGAAAUUUGGAGUCGUAUUUAAAAAAGGACAGAAUUAUGACCUUUUUUUUGUCUUUUGUAUUCGAAGACGUAUGAAAAUUUAUGAUAAAUAUUUUUUCUGCUAUCAAUAUUGAAUAAUUUAAAGCUGUAAAUAAAUCAAUAAAAUAGGUAAAGUGUAACUGGGUAAUUUACGUACACUCUUCCCUCUCUUCACUAACAUAAUGAGAAAUAUUAAUCAAAGAAGUUUGAAAGCUCACUUGGGAAAGCUAAAUUUUAUUGACGAAACGUAGGGUUUUCCAAAAAUGGUUUUCAAAUAGAAAAAACUCACGAGAGAACCUCAUCUCGAUCACUGAGAAACCUAUUUUGAUAAUUUGUUCAUCACGAUGCUGAGAAUUCGUGAAGCAGCUCCUUACUUCAAAAGAAAAAAUCAUCACCCCAAACAAAGAACUAAGGGUCGUUCUAAGGAGUUUUAAAUAAUUCAAAAGGCAUCCUUUUUCAAAAAAAAAAAAAAAAGUUGAAAAAUCUAGGGCCACUUUUACUAUUUUAAAAAAAGGUCUUCAAAAUACAAUAAUGCAAAGAUUUAGGCCAGAAAGAAGAUGUCCAGAGUUGCAGCUGCCCAAUCACAUAUUUCAAUAUUUCAACUUUUUCUUUGGAAAAAAAAUUGGGCUCAAAAAAUAAACUUUACCUCACUCAUAUAUCGAAUGCAGGCCUCAAAAUGCAUUAAUGGUUGAAAUAUGUAAUCGUACGAAAAAAAAUUCUUAGAGUUGUAACUUCCCAGUCACAAAGUUUAAAAUUUUUAUGAUAGAUAUUUUUUUGAAAAAAAUUGGCAUUUUAAAAGAUAGAACUUUUUUCAAUUCGAGUCAAAAAUAACUUUCAGGCUUCAAAACACGUUGGAGUGGGGGAGGGGGGUUGGAAUAUGACUAUUGAAAAAAUAUUUUUUAGAGUUUAAGUAGGUUGUAAUCAAUCGCUCAUUUCAAUUUUUCCCUCUUUUCUUUACAAAUUUGGACCCAAAAAACAAACUUUUCCUCAGUCCCAACUCAAAUAGAAAAAAAUCCUCAAAAAACUUCGAUGCAGCUGCUGAAAUACGACCAUAAGAAAGAAGCAUCUCAGGGUUGUAACAGCCCAAUCGCACAUUUUAAUAUUUUAAGAUGCAUUUUGAAACUAUUUGGGGGCCAAAACAUACAUGUUUUUUCAACCCAAGUCGAAAAAAUCGCCCCAAAACACGUUGGCGAUUAAAAUGUGUCCAUAAGAAAGAAGCUGCUCACAAGGGAACCGCAUGAGCUGUCCACCUCCGAUUUGAACGGGACCGCGAUUUUUGGAAAGAGCAUGUUCUAAAAUGCCCAAAUCCAAAUUUUCAGCUGCCCAAGUUCAUUUUUCUAUUUUUGGCGAAUUUUUGAAAACCCAAAAUUGACUAUUUUGGUGAUUUAUGCUUUUUUUUUAAAAAGUACAUACUUGAUCAGUAAAAAUGUUCAAAAUAAGUCCUAAAACUAAUAUUAUAACCCCCCAAAUCCAAAUUUCACCAUUUCCAGCCAUUCUGGAGGCUCCAGCGCUAUUUUUCAAUUUCUCCAGAAUUUUAAAUUGGCUCCAGAAGGCGUGAAUAUGAAGUUGGGCAGCUGAAAAUCGAGUUGUGUGUCAUACUCGACCUGCUUAACGAAUUUAUUCACAUUUCAGCCGAUUCUGGAGGAGACACCUCAAGAGUGGUUUUUUGACCAGCUUUUUUUCAAAAUAAAAAUAUAAAAAAACCAAAAAUUUCCCGUAUACGAGAAAAUUUUCGAUAUUUGCGCGAAUCGCAGUAUUUUGUCAUGAACUAACCCCACGAGGGCGAAUGUCGCCAUUUCCAGCAAUUCUGGAGCCUCCAGCGCGAUUUUUCAAUUUCUCCAGGGGCUCCAGAAAGACUGGAAAUGGGGAAAUUCGCCCUCGUGGGCUUGAUUAAUGACGAAAUACAGCGAUUCGCGCAUUUUUCAAUAAUUUUCUCGCAAACGAGAAAUUUUUGAUUUUUUUUUUUUUAAUUGAAAAAAACUAGUCAAAAAACCACUCUUGAGGUGUCCCUCCCAAAACCGACUCAAAUGUGGAUAAACUUGUUUAACAGAUCGAGUAUAACAUACAACUCGAUUUUUAGCUGCCCAAUUUCAUAUUCACGUCUUCUAGAGCAAAUUAAUAAUUCUGGUGAACUUGAAAAAUAGCGCUGGAUGCUCCAGAAUAGCUGGAAAUGGCGAAAUUUGGAUUUGGGGGGUUAAUAUCAGUUUUAGGACUUAUUUUGAACAUUUUUACUGAUCAAGAACGUACUUUUUUUUUAAAAAAAGCAUAAAUCACCAAAGUAGUCAAUUUUGGGUUUUCAAAAAUUCGCCAAAAAUCGAAAAAUGAACUUGGGCAGCUGAAAAUUUGGAUUUGGGGGUUUUAGAACAUGCUCUUUCCAAAAAUCGCGGUCCCGUUCAUAUCGGAGGCGGACAGCUCAAGAGGUUCCCUUGUCAGAGUUAAAAAACCCAAUUACGUAUUUCAAAAAUUUGUGGAGGUUUUUUUUGAUUUUCUCACUCAAAAGUCAAAGGUUCUAAUUUGGAAUUCGUGCAUGGAAAAGAAUAGGUAUACUCUUAAAUCUGUAGCUGUCCAAAUAAGGUACAUUUUAUGGAUUUCAUGAGAUUUUUGUAGAAAUUUUCCCCACUCUGAAAACAUGUACCAAAUUAAUUAUCCCCAUUAUUGUAAAAAUUAGACCUCUAAAUGCGAUUGUAAUUUUUCAUUACCCAAUUUAGAAAGUUUUGGACUACUUUGAGAAAUUCACAACCUCGUCGAACUCAUCCAGGGUUAUCGAGAGAGGGGCAAAGGGGACAGUUUGCCUCAGACCCACGCUUUCUGGAAGGCUCUGCAAAGAAGGGCCUGUGAUGGAAGAAAUACCUGUUUUUUUACUUCUCAAAACACACAUUUUCGAAAUCUUUUGGCCUUUUCUUUUUCAAAAUUGAAAUUAAAAAAAAAAAAAUUGUAUCACAAGUAGGUACCGUUUUUAUGCCUCUAGAAAUACAAAUUUUCAAGAGCUUUCGCUCUCUCUGGAGCCUGUUAUCUAUACUUUUUCAAAUUCUAAAAUAUUUUAAAAAACAAAAAAUAAACUCCUCGCAUAAAAAAACAUCAAUUUUGGUUUUCUCAAAAUACAAAUUUUCAAAAGUUUUCGGCCUCGCUUAGUUCGAGCGUGUGCUCUUUUUUUUCAAAAUCAACUUCCUAAAAAAAUUUUUUAGCCCUUUCGAAAUCUAAUUUUCAGAAACUUUUGUCCUUGCUUCGCUCGAGCCAAUUUUUUUCUUAUUUUAAAAUUGAAAAAUUCACAUUUGGGCCUCCAAAAAUCUAAAAACAGAAAAUGAAAAUUUUUUGUAUUUUUUGCCUAUAUUAGUCGGCAAAUUUUCAGUCCAACUCUCUCCUCCCCCUCUCACAAAAAACCUCUACAUAGUUUCGUCUCUAGAAAUGAGGCAAAAUCUCGACGAUCCUGCCUCCAGAAUGCUUCGAAAAGGUUGUUUCAAUGGCUAUUUUGAAACUAAAAACUUUUUUUCCCGAUUUGACAAAACUAUUUGUGAAGCAAAAAAACUUGAUUUAAAAAAUUAAAAAUCUAAAAAAAAAUUUUCGAUACUAAUUUUGAUUGAAAAUGUUAAACUAUAGGAUAAAAUAUUAUUUUAAUAAGUAUCACAUACUCGACUCACUCCUUCCAAAAAUUACGAGUACAAUUGUUAAAUUUUUCAUUUCAAAAUUACAUAUCGAAGUUUGGCGAAUUUAAAGCAGACUACCGACCAUUGUACAAAGAAGGAAAAGCAUUUGUAAAACGUUAAGAAAAAAACCACUGUACAUUUGUGACAUGUACAAAUCUAGUAUUUGUGAAACUCUGAUAAAAAAAAUUAUAGUAAGGUGUAAAUUUUGCGCAUACUUUAUUAAUAUUAGGCGAAGUUUAUAGGCGGUCCAUCGAUUACUCGCCAGGCGAGACAGAGCAUAAUUUGAAAACAGCAAAUACUCAUACAAAUGAAUCAAAAUCCAGUGCAAGAAUAAUCAUCUGUGAUAUCUAUUUUUAUCGACUUGCCUCUUGAAAGGAAAAUACGCGAAAUUAUAACUCCCUUUCUCUUCUUCAUCUUUGAAUCAGAAUAAAUAUAACAAAAAUUAACAGAAGCGAGCCAAACCCCCUCCCUCCCCUCACAGCAGAAAAAUUAAGUCGAAAAGUUGUAUAAAUUUUUGGGAAAAUUUGGUGAGUUGGAAAAAGUUGGCAAGAAAUUGAGUAAGCAUGGAUUGUAAAUUUUCCGACUAUUUCGCCCUCGGUUUGCUCGUACAAAAUCAAAAAUAUUCUGUUCUCUUUUCGACUUUGGAUUUUCAAAAAAAAAAAAAAUCGAAGUUUUGAUUUUUGAUUUCAACGCUGUUGAAUAUGAAAGUAUCAUUUUUUUUUGAUUAUUUAAAAUUAUUCAAGAUUUUUGUUUCUAAUACACCCCCCCUCCAGAAUUUGUUCGAAUCACAUCUGAAGAACUAGCACGAAGAAUACUGGAGUGAUCUUGUGACGUGGUGGAUGGGGGGGGGGUCUGGGAUAUAAAGGUAGGAAAAUCUUGCGGAAAAAGUCGAUACAAUUUCAGUCUACUUCCCCCUCCCCCCCUUUCGACACAUCACUUUCGUCACGCCUGUAAAAAUUAACAUUAAAAACGGAGAGAAAACUAUGAAAAAUUGAUCUACACUCAAAUUUACAUAUAUAAAUCCUCACUAGCCGAAAAACUUCGCCAAUAAACUAGUCAUACAUAUAAUUUACUUGAGAACUUACGAGUAUUCUAUACUUCGUGUGCAAUGGAUUACGAGAGACAAUCGUUUUUAGUAAAUAAGCAGCAGUUUUUUCUUUUCUUUUUUUUUUAAUAGCAACCUACUAAGUAUAGAAAGUCAGUCAACACGAGUUAAAUUAACUGACUUUUGACUAUAUCGAUUUACCUAUCAAAUUAUUUAAAAAAAUAAACCAACAAAAAAAAUGUUUGAAAAAAUACGAGAAUAAGUAUAUUAAAAAAAGGGCCAUUUUAUAUACAAAAUUGACAUUUUUCAUUUUUUUCUAAACUUUUAAUCUAGUCUCCAAAAUUAUUCUAAACACAAGCUGGAUCUAGGUUGAGUUACCUUCUUUUUUCACUGUAGGUAUAGGUACUUAUAGGCCUACGUGAAACCAAAAGAAUUAUUCAAGUCGACCGUUUUUAUAGGCAUACGCAGAUGAAAUAAGGUCCAAGGUCCCUAUUAUAAAAUGAGUACCUAGUUCAAAAAAUGGGUAUAAUCUUUUGCUCGUAGUUAUAGGUAUAACACCAGGAUUGUUUCUGUUUCAGUUUCACUAUACGUUCAAAUGUAUAAGUAUAACUUAUUUAAAAUAAAAUCUUUUUUCUCUCUACUUCCCAGUCUCUAUUCUCCCCUUGAUAUUUUUCUGCCCCCUCCCCCCCAAAUAGUAUUAGAACGUUUGUUAAUGUAUAUAAAUUUGUAGAUAGUUUUGUGUUAUCAUGUAUAAGUAGUAUAUUUUGUAAAUAAUUUCUUGUUUUAAAUAUUCAUAAAUAUGAAAUCGAACAAAACGUCGAUAUGCGAAAAAAAAAAGAAUCAAAACAGAAAUAAAACAUCCUUGAAUUUCCA